GAAGCCGGCUGUCGUGAACUGCACCCAGGGACCUGACAAGGGCACUGCUGAAGUGCGCCAUGCCUUUCCUUGAUAUUCAGAAAAAGCUGGGCAUCAGCCUAGACCGUCACAUUAUGUUCCUAAGUGCUGAACAGCCCUACAAGAAUGCUGCUCGGUGCCACGCUCUUGAAACAGAGUGGAUAGAGUGUGCACAUGGGAUUGGUGCUACCCGGGCGAAGAAAGAGUGCAAGAUAGAGUUUGAAGACUUUGAGGAAUGCUUUCUGCAGUACAAAACGAUAAGGCGGAUGCAUGACAUCAAGAAACAGCGGGAAAAGCUAAUGAAAGAGGGGAAAUACACCCCUCCUCCUCACCAUUCGGGCAAGGGGAACCCAGGCCCUGAGCACAGCAGCUGGAAGCCGCUUUUCAUGCUCUGUUUUCCACUGGAGAGAAUGUUUAAGGAAAGCUCCUUCAUCAAGUAUGUAAAAAUAAAGAAUUACUCAAUCUUAAAAAAAAAAAUUAUAUGUCCACAGCAUAUAUUAAGUUUACAACAGAGAACUCUCAGUAGAUAG